AUGGAAGCCAUUAGCCAUGAGAAGCUCUCCUCCAAUUCCUUUCUUGCAGUACUAUUAAUCACCAUCCUCAUGAUCAUCAUCAUCAUCAUCAUCGUCCAAACCAAAAAAUCAAGAACCUCGAAACCCACUACUCGUCCACCGCCGCCGGGGCCGUGGAGGCUCCCCGUCAUCGGAAACCUCCACCAGCUGGCGGCGAACGGCGGCCGGAGCCUGCCCCACCGCCGGCUCGCCGAGCUGGCAAAGCGGUACGGCCCCGACGUCAUGCUCCUGCAGCUCGGGGAGCUGUCCCACGUCAUCAUCUCGACGCCGGAAGCCGCCAGGCUGGUGAUGAAGACCCACGACCUGACGUUCGCCUCCCGGCCGUCCCUCCUCGCCGUCGACAUCCUCUUCAGCCGAAACGACGUCGCUUUCGCCCCUUACGGCGAGCACUGGCGCCAGAUGCGCAAGAUCUGCACGCUGGAGCUCUUCAGCGCGAAGCGGGUCGGGUCGUUUCGGUGGAUCAGGGAGCAAGAGGUGGCCAACCUCGUCACAACUCUUCGAACCGCUGCCCACCAAGAUGAACCGGUGGUGGAUCUCACCGACCUGGUGCAGAAGCUAUUGGGAUCCGUGACAUCCUGGGCGACCUUCGGGACGAUUCGAGGCUCGAACGAAAUGUUUCUGAAGGUUGCUAAGAAGUUUGAAGAUGUCGUUGCGGGUUUCAGGAUCUCGGACUUAUAUCCUUCUCUUACAUUCCUUCCCGUCCUUACUGGGUUCGAAGGCAAACUCAAGAAGAUGCGCCUAGAAGCCGAUUCCAUACUCGACGCCAUUAUAGAUGAGAGGAGAUCCCAAAGAUCUUCAAGAUCAGGGAGAGAUGGUGAAGUAGGAGACUAUCUUCUUGAUGUUCUUCUGAAUCUUCAUGAAAACCCUAGUCAGCUUGGGUUCCCCUUGACCAUGGAAGCCAUCAAAGCAGUCACUUUGGAACUCUUCCUAGCCGGCAUCGAAACUUCGGCCAAAAUCAUCGAAUGGACGAUGUCGGAAAUGAUAAAACACCCAAAAGUGAUGCAAAAAGCACAAGAGGAAGUCAGGGAAGCAUUUGGCGAGAAGGGCGACAUCGAGGAAGCAAGCCUUCAUCGAUUGAAGUAUUUGGACAGUAUCAUCAAAGAGAGCUUGAGAUUGCACCCUCCGGGUCCUUUACUUCUUCCAAGAGAGAAUGGCGAGAGCGUCGAACUCCGCGGGUACCAUGUUCCCGCCAAGACCAAAGUCUUUGUAAAUGCCUGGGCAAUCAAUCGGGAUCCUCGCUAUUGGCCUGAAGCGGAGGAGUUCUAUCCCGAGAGAUUCAAUGAUCGCAUGAUCGACUACAGAGGCAACGAUUUCCAGUUCAUCCCGUUUGGCGCGGGGAGGAGGAUGUGUCCCGGAUAUGAUUUUGGAGUGGAAGUUGUGAAAUUGACUCUGGCGAAUUUGAUCUUUCAUUUCCAGUGGAAACUCCCCGGUGAAAUGAGACCUGAGAGCCUUGAUAUGACUGAACGCUUCGGAGCAUCUGUAGGGAGAGAAUAUGCUCUGCGUGUGAUUCCAGUUCCAUACCAUGGAAACUGA